GGCGGGCCGCGCAGGCGUAGAGAGCUCCGGCCACGCCACCUUGGGUAGCCUCAGGUGAGCGGGGCGGAGUGCCUGUGGGGUCGUCGGGACGAGUUCAAGCCCCCGUAGGUGCCACUAGCUGCCAGGAGGGGCUCGGGGCUGAAGGAUAAACUCCGGGAGGGGCGCGGGCCUGAUCGGCCUCUGUCCUCGGAGUGGGAUGCGGUGACGCCCCCGAAGGACCAUGGCAACGGCCGACCAACUGACCUUCCACGAAUUCGAGGGAGCCACUAAUCUUCUGGUUGAGACCCCAGAUGCAGUCACCACCAGCAGAAGUGAUCAGCUGACCCCACAGGGGCACUUGGCCGUGGCUGUGGGCUCGGGUAGCAGCUAUGGAGCCGAUGAUGAAGUGGAGGAAGAGAGUGAUAAGACGGCGCUCCUACAGGAGAAGAAGCAGCAGCCCGAGUUCUGGACCUUUGGCUACUAUCAGAGCUUCUUUGACGUGGACACCUCACAGGUCCUGGACCGGAUCAAAGGCUCGCUGCUGCCCCGGCCUGGCCACAACUUUGUACGGCACCAUCUGCGGAAUCGGCCGGAUCUGUACGGCCCCUUCUGGAUCUGUGCCACGCUGGCCUUCAUCCUGGCUGUCACUGGCAACCUGACACUGUUGCUGGCCCAGAGGAGGGACCCCUCCAUCCACUACAGCCCCCAGUUUCACAAGGUGACCAUGGCAGUCAUCACCAUCUACUGCUAUGCGUGGCUGGUGCCCUUGGCGCUGUGGGGCUUCCUGCGGUGGCGCAAAGGUGUCCGGGAGCGCAUGGGGCCUUACACCUUCCUAGAGACUGUGUGCGUCUACGGCUACUCUCUCUUUGUCUUCAUCCCCACUGUGGUCCUGUGGCUUAUCCCUGUGCCAUGGCUGCAGUGGCUCUUUGGGGCACUGGCCCUGGCCCUUUCAGCUGCUGGGCUGGUGUUCACCCUCUGGCCUGUCGUCCGCGAGGACACUAGGCUGGCAGCUGCAGUGCUGCUGUCUGUCGUUGUGCUGCUCCACGCCCUCCUGGCCAUGGGAUGUAAGUUGUACUUCUUCCAGCUGCUGCCUCCAGGCCACCUGGCACCCCUACCCCAAGCCACAUCUCUGUCCUCAAGCAUGCUGCCACCACCCACCCUGACCCGGUCCAUGGCAACCUUCUAGGAAGGCCUCGACUCUCCAGGCAAAACAGGAGGCACCUCUCCCUGUCCUGCCCCCCAGGUGAUGAUUGAAGGCUCCCUUGACACCUCAAGAUCACUCUGUUACUUUCCAGACUUUUAUUACAAAGCAAACACUUUUAUUUUCUAUGCAAA